AUGUUACUCCGACGCAGUUUUUGCCGGUUUCCAACACCGUCGAGCUGGAUCUCGCGGGUUUCACCAGCUACCAUGCCUCUCCGCGCCAAAGUGACAAACCCAGCCUUUAGGGCGACUGCUAGCAUGUCGUCUGUCGCAGAGAUCCCGAAAGAACUCCCUGGCGACGAGCCCGAUGAUGUCCUAUUUCACUCGCACUACGGCGUGCGGUUGAUUGAGCUUAACCGCCCCAAGAAGCUCAAUUCCUUGAACGGUUCGAUGGUUCGGAAGAUUACGCCCCGAUUGAAGGAGUGGGAAAAGUCCGACCUCGCCAAUGUGAUCAUGCUCUCCGGCGCAGGCUCCAAGGCUCUGUGCGCCGGAGGAGAUGUGCUUGCCCUGGCUCUGGAGAACGAAAAGGGCCCGGAGGGUCAGCAGGCAUCGUCCGACUUCUUCGCCCAGGAAUACCGCCUUGACCAUUACAUUGCCACCUACACCAAGCCCUUCAUCUCCGUCAUGGACGGCAUCACCAUGGGCGGCGGUGUCGGUCUCAGUCUCCACGCCCCCUUCCGGAUCGCCACUGAACGGACCGUCUUCGCCAUGCCCGAGACCACCAUUGGGUUCUUCCCGGACGUUGGUGCUUCCCACUUCCUGCCUCGCCUGGAUGGAGAACUUGGAACAUAUCUGGCCCUCACGUCGGAGCGCCUCAGCGGCGUUCAGGCUCUGUAUGCCGGAGUCGCCACACACUACCUACAUUCUAGUGCGCUGCAGAACUUGACGGCUCGUCUGUCCGAACUGGCCUUCCGCGACAAUUCUCUGUUGAAGGAACGCCUGGACCUCGUCAACAAGACCAUGGCGGAAUUCUCGACGGGGGUGCCAUCGCUGCGCGAGGAGCCUAUGUGGCUAUCGGGCAAGGUACGCAGUGCCAUUGACCGCUGCUUCAAGCACAAUACCGUGGAGCAAAUCAUCCAGGCCCUGGAGCAGGAGACUGAGAUGGCCAAGUGGGCCCAGAGAACCCUGGAGCUUCUCUCGGUGCGGUCCCCUACCUCGCUCAAGGUUGCUCUCCGUCAGCUACGUAUAGGCAAGAAGUGGGGCAUCGCCGAGACCUUCCAGCGUGAGCACGCGAUUGCCUCCAAAUUUAUGAGACACCCCGACUUCGUCGAGGGCGUGAAGGCACGUCUCCUGUCGAAGCCGCCCCGCCAGGCAUCCUGGCAGCCGGCCACCCUGGAGGAGGUCACGGACGAGGCUGUCGAUGCCUUCUUCGAGAUUCCCGAGGACGAGUCCCGGAUGGCGCUCUACCACAACGACCCCGACAGAAACUAUGAGGAAGCUCCUUACUCCUACGGCCUGCCCACCGAAGGAGACAUCGAGAAGAUCGUGCGUAACCACGAGAGCGCCAAGGAGUUGCAGCUCAGCGACAUUGUCGCGCGGUUCGAAGGCAAAGAAGGUGUGAAGGAGAAGGUGGCUGACGUUCUGGCCAGACGGACCGUUCGGACCGAGCAAGGUCUGAUCUGGAACUGA